GUCAGCUGAUUAUUGUUUAGUUUGGAUUGGAACUUGCGACUGUCGGAAGCUUAUCGCCGCGCAAUCGCUAUCCGCAUGUUCCCCGUCAUGUUCGAGUCAACUUGUCGGGGCGGGUCGCGUUUUCGGGUCAAAAUAAUUAACUUCGUCAAGUGUUUAUUACCGAAAUGAAUGCGUUUUGUCUACUUAUUGUGUCGUUUUUCUGAUGUGAAUGUGCGAGUGCAUCUUUGUUUACUCAUUUGAAGCGACUCACGCCAGUAUUCCUCGGUCUAUCUGAGUGUUUAUGUUCUUACUCUGUUUCUUAAAAUGAGACGUAAUGUUAAAAUAUUACUGCUGUUUUCUGUCACAUGGAUGUUCGUCGUAGUCUACUACUUCCAGACUACCCGGGAUUUGAAGCCGGAGGAGAACCGGGCGCUGCGGCUGAAGGACAGCGUGAGUCUGGGGCUCCUGGGGAUGAUGGACUCCUCGGCGGCGGCCGGCGGGACGUUGGAGGAUGUGAACGAGGUCUCGGUGUCGACGUCGCCGCAGCUCCAGCCGCAGUCCAGCGUGGACUCCCGGCUGUCGUGGGCUUACUUCGACGAGCGGGGCUACAUCGCCGGCGGCGCCCUCAAGCCCGGCGAGGACCCCUACUCCAGGAACAAAUUCAACCAGAAAGCCAGCGACCAGCUCCCUAGCAAUAGGAACGUCCCUGAUACCAGGAACGAAAUGUGCCAAAAAAGAAAAUGGAGGCAGGACUUGCCAGCGACUAGUGUCAUAAUUACCUUUCAUAACGAAGCCCGCUCAACUCUUCUACGCACAGUUGUCAGUGUCCUGAAUCGCACUCCUGAACACUUGAUCAAAGAAAUUAUUCUAGUCGAUGAUUUUAGUGAUUCUCCAUCAGAUGGAGAAGAGCUAGCUAAAAUUCAGAAAAUUAAAGUUCUGCGGAACGAAAAAAGAGAAGGUUUGAUGCGGUCACGAGUUAGAGGUGCUGAUGCAGCUUCUGCCUCAGUUCUGACAUUCUUAGACAGUCACAUAGAGUGCAAUGUUAAUUGGCUUGAGCCACUUAUAGAACGAAUAGUUGAGGACAAAACACGAGUAGUUUGUCCAAUAAUUGAUGUGAUAAGUUUAGAUACAUUCCAAUAUAUUGGUGCAUCAGCUGAUCUCCGAGGAGGCUUCGACUGGAACCUAGUUUUUAAAUGGGAAUAUUUAUCCCAGACUGAGCGUGAAAACAGGAGGCGAGACCCCACUGCCCCUAUCAGAACUCCAAUGAUUGCUGGAGGCUUAUUUUCUAUUCACAAAGCCUACUUCGAAAAACUUGGCAAAUAUGACAUGGCAAUGGACGUCUGGGGUGGAGAAAACUUAGAAAUUUCAUUCCGUGUCUGGCAAUGUGGCGGAAGUCUAGAAAUAGUGCCAUGUUCCCGAGUGGGUCACGUUUUUCGCAAACGUCAUCCAUACAGUUUCCCUGGUGGUAGCGGCAACGUUUUUGCAAAGAACACACGGAGGGCAGCUGAAGUUUGGAUGGAUGAUUAUAAACAGUUUUAUUAUGCGUCUGUUCCGUUGGCAAGAUCUGUUGAUUUUGGAGAUAUUUCAGAUCGUCUGGCUUUGAAAGAAAGACUUCACUGUAAACCAUUCAAGUGGUAUUUGGAUUACGUCUAUCCGGAAUUGAAAGUUCCUGAUUUUUCAAGCAUCGCAUCUGGUGUGAUUCAGCAAGGAGUUUGGUGUCUCGAUACGAUUGGUCAUCUCACAGGUGGCACUGUUGGUGUUUACCCGUGCCACAACACUGGCGGCAACCAAGAUUGGGUCUUCACAAACACCGGACAGAUUAAACAUAAUGAUGUUUGUCUGGCUUUGACAACCCAAGAGCCUGGUAGUGUUUUAGUCAUGAAAACUUGUCAGCACUCUUCUGAUCAGAAGUGGAUUCAACUAUCGAAAACUGGUCUAAUCAAGCAUUCUAUUUUAAAUCUUUGCAUAGACUCAAAACAUUCGCAAAACCGAGGACUUAUUGUAGAUAAAUGUGACUCCAGCGCUACUUCACAACAGUGGGAGUACGUGAGCAAAUUAUGAAUGAAAUUUUUUACAUCACCAAAGGACAAUGGUUCUUAAAUUUCUAAUUCAUGAUUGUGAUUAUCUUUUACUAUACCUGUGAAUUUGUAUUUAGGGGUCUGUUAAUUCUGUAAGCAGCUGCUUCUCUUGUGAUAUUAGACUUAUGAGACUUCUGCUGAUAUUUCCAUCAGUCAGAAUAAAGUAAAAUAAAAGAAAGUAGCAAAAGCUUAGACUCAACAGUUUAUAUCGUGCAGAAUUUGUGCACGGCUCUCCUCGUUUCACAUGUGACAAUGUGAUACAAUUGCCAUUUUUGGUUAAAUUUAAGUUUCGCUCAAGAGCAGUUUGUGAUGGAUGGUUAUUAAAUGUCAUGAAUUUUAAAGGAUAGACUGCUCUUAUGCAUUUAUCUAACUCGUGUUCUAUUGCAUUAUUGUGACCAUUCUGGAAUUUUUAGUUGUUUAAAAUUGGUUUGUCAUUACAUGAAAGAAGGAACCAAGGCUGAAACUGAAGACACUCCUUCAAAACACCAUCGUCUAUCAUCUGUAUAAGCAAAUUUUCGUUCGUCAACUGUUGUAGAAAUCCGUAAACGGUUGUCCUGCGCGUUAACGAAGUUGGUAUUUUCAUCGACCUAUCAGAGCCCUGUGGCCUGUUUACAAUACUGUUGAUGGAUUUUGGCAACGUUUUAAGAAAAUUUUCGCGUCCCAAAUAGCGAUGAAUAAACAAACAAUAAUCAAAACAAACAUUGAAGGUUAGAAAAUUUUGAAUUGCUGAAAUGGACAGGAGCACGGACUUAAAAUUAAAAAAUGAGAUUGAGUGGGAAAACUGGAGCAUUGGUCAUUUAGCAACCAUACUUGAGAACUUACAAGAUGAAAUGCACCAUAUAUAAAAAAAAUACAAAGGAAAAUGAAGGAAAUUUAUAAAAUAAUGUAUAAGGAGCAAAAAACAGAAGACAUACGCUGAUGGCAAAUACGAAAUCAUAGCUUUGCAAGUAAUGCUUGUUGGAACUCACUUUCUUGCUGUAGAAAUCUAUUGGCAAACUCCAAUUUCUUUUCCUCAAUGUCUAAUUGUUUCUUUGAGUUGUCCUUCAUGAAUUCCAGGACGGAUCCAGCAGAGACUUUUUCCUUGACAGGUCGAACUGUUUUUUUUAAAUUGCACUGAACAGCGGUGCUUGAAGAACCUGGAUCAUCCACUCUUUCCUCUUCUUCCGUGGUCAAUGCAACAGCAUCAGGACCACCAUCGUGGGGUGGAGAGGCAGGGCUGCGGGAUUAUGCACUGUCAUCUUGUACUCUCUGUGCAGUUCCCUUGAUGAAUUUUGGAGGGAAAUCCUUGGCAUGUGUAUCAAUUAAAAAUUUUGGAUCAUUUAUUUGCCUGGGGCCUAACACUUCAUACAUUUUGUCAAAAUACUCUGGUUUGCAUUUAGCGCCUUCCCCUGUUUUCUUUUGUAUAAAAGUGCGAAAUGAUGAGGUUGAAUUUCGCCAUUUCUGAUCACAAUAUUCACCCCUGCUUCUGAAAGUGUAUCUGCAACUUUUUUCCAAACCUUUUUUUUGAACGUUUCCUUAUCAUUCAGUCGUUGCUUUAUGUUGUCUGAAAGAACUACUUCCAUGAGAGCAUCUUGGGGUUUUGUAAACUUCUCAUCACCAAUUAUGACAUCUGCAGUCACAGUCGUCGUCCAAAAAUCCUUUUUUUUCUUGGUUUCUGGUCCUUCCGUAUCACUAGCCGGUGAAACCUCUUUGAUGGAUUCGGUUCGUGUGUCGGUGGUUUGAUGUUGCCCAUUUGCCACAUUGUAUCCUGCAGAGACAAAGGAAAAAAUUAGAAACAUUCUUUUCUUCAAACACACAAUCUUAAGAGGUGAUUCAGCUUGGGAAUAAUAUAAAAUUAUAUUGGUUGAACACUAAGGUACCAAAGAGCAUUUGCCUAUGAAAGCUGAGUUGAUACUCCAAAUCGUAAUUGGAUGUUUCGGGCUGAAUGUUCAUGUGCAGAGAAAAUAUCGUAUCAACAGUUUCUUUGAAGAUAACACCAUAGUAUGCUACAUUCUGGAAACGCAUAACAAUUUUGAAGUCAACACCAAAUGAACUUAUGCGCUUUUCGUGUGCAACAGGACAUCAACUGCCUUGAGUUUACUCAGCAUUUAUUGAAGACUAGCAAGAUAGCAGAUCUUUUGUCUCACUCAGAAAGUGGGUAGACUUUUAUAGCAUGAACUGUAAAGUAGUUUUUCUUUCACUUUAGUAGACAACAAAUAUUUCAGAAUUCUUCCUCCCAAGUCCUCCUUUCAUCUCAUAAUUCUAAAACAUGUUGGUGAUCCUGUGAAGCAUUUGCUAGAUACUCAUUACAGAGACUUCUCCUUCCAAUUUUAAAGAAUGCGAGAUGUGAUUGCAAUACUUCCUGAAAUUUUAGUGACGGAUAAAAUGCAAUUACCAUCUACAGCAGUGAACAGUGUUUGGCCUCCUGUCUUCUUCCGAAGAACUCCAACUCUAUCCACUGGAACAGCAAUAAGGAACAAUGUUAAAAGACUUGAAUAAGCUGAAUUGCAAUGAAGAAAUUCACACACUUUUAAGGGAGAUUCACUUGUAAUGUAGCACUAAGACGAUUGGUUAAUUGACUAAUAAUGAGGGAAUUUUUGAGGGGCUUGGAAAACAAGGCGCAUAAGUGCAGUUUUUAUUAUUUAGAAAGAAACAAGUUUAAAGAUCUGGAUUCCACUCGGACCUACAGAGUGCUCCGAAUACCUUCAAAAUUUACAAGUGUUUGUCUCACACCUUCAUGAACGUCUUCAGAAGUUUUCAGCUUAGUUGAGCAAAAUUGAGGGCAGCAGCUGGGCUUACUUAAAGUGACGGUAGGUCGCACUUAUCCCACGUUCCCUCUAAACAAAAAAUGCACUUAUCCCAUUCACUGGUUUCUCCGCAUCAAAUGACUUCCAGACAAAAUCGCAUGAUAUUCUGAUGGACCCUGCCUUGAACUACGAAAAAACACGCACAACUCAAUUUUGAUCAAAGACAUGCUCCUGAAUACACGGUUUUAUUUUUUUUUCAUCCUUCCUUUUUCAACACAGAAAAACACGAAAUGGUUCAGAUUUCUGUUUCCCCUGCGCCCUCCAUCCCCGUUUUCAUCUACUGUGCUUUCAGUGAGGCCCAGUCGUCCUCUUGUAUCUCACCUGUUGAAUAUAAGCAUAAAUAGCUAUGGCACGCAGCUGAGGCGGCUGGGCUCUAAUCUGUAGUCUCGAAUUUCUUAAACUGCAUGCGCCUUGUCCUCAAAGGCCCUCAUUUAAUAAUAGAAUGAGAUAAGAAAUACGACUUACCUCCAGAAUGGUACCAUAGCGCCUCACCGUUAUGGAGCAGAGGUGAGCCUUUCUCAUCACAAAUUUGCGACAGUUGUUUUUCCAUCAUAAAAAUAAAUCCAAAUCCCAAAUCAAUAUUACUUCUCUCACUAACCUCACUCGUGGUUUUAACCGGAAUCGUUAACAGGUUCGACAACGAGGUCCCUGGCACGUUUACGAAACCGUAAUCUGUUGACAAAAAUUAAAUUACGCUUAAAUUACGAGGUAUUUGGCGGGAAAGGCAAGGCCACGCCCAUUUCAUCACAACGGAGCAACAACGGAGAACAAAAAUUUCUUUUGAUGACGUAUUUCGUCAACUGUUUACGAAUUUCGACAACAGUUGACGAACGAAAAUUUGCUUUUUAAAAGUGUCUGUGUUUGAAACUCAUGCAUCAAAUCAAGGAGAGAAUCAUGCAGGUAUUCUAAUGCUUAACCACUAUGCUCAUCUUUGACUGUAAGCAAAAAACAAAACUAUUAUUUCUGAGAAUUGUGGUCGCACAUUCAGAAAUUAUUUCCCUCAAAAUUUCUUUCCAAAAUUCUGAGUGAAAGCAAAUUAUUUGAGCUUGUGACUAUUGUGAGACCAACAAUCUACUUUUAAUUAAUUUUUAUUCUUAUGAAUGGCUUUUGAAAGAGAUUAUUCAGGCCUUGAUAGCUGAAAUAUGCAGACAAACAUGUCAAACAUGUUUUCUAUUGGAAAUUAAAAUGGGUAUUCAGCAAGUGACGUUCCAAGUGUAAUUGUUGAUAUCUUUGUGCUGAAAGCAUCAUUUGCUUCAACAUAUGGAAGAAGCUCAUAAGGUGAUUUAUAGUUUAGGCAGUUUUGCGGAGUGUCUUAAAAAGUAAAACUCUGUCGUCAUGUCAGCAUUGAACAAUCAAUACCACACUCAAAUCAUUCCAAGAAUUGCGUUCUAUUUUAUUUUUUGUCGAUGUAAUAGAACUCAAAUCUGCUGUGAUGAGCAGAAAUGGUGAAUUUGCUUCCUUACUGUCUACAGAUUUUAAUGUGAACAUCUUGGCACCUGAAAUCGAAGCAGCUUAAUAAUUUCAUCAAUAAAUUUUAUGAAAGUAAAAACUCCUUUUUGUCAAGAAGGUAAUAAUGAAAUGCACUGUUUAUCACAGUUUCAUAGAGCUCCUAUACCAUGGCUUAAAAAGAAUCAUUUUUAAUGUAAAAAUUUGUUUAAUUAAUUUUAUGUUUUUUCAUGUGUAAUUACUCACAGACGAAAUACACUAAAGUGCUUCUGUGUGAUUCAAAGUCGAUGAUAUAUGGUCAAAUAACAAGAAAAAAUUAAAUUCACUAAUCUAAUGCAGGAUGCUGCGUAGAGUGUAUUUUUGUAACAAGAGGCUGUACGUAAAAUAUGUAAAGCUUACAUGACCAUAGAAAAUAUUAUGCAUCGGCAUCAACGUUCCAUAGUAUGGUCCACAAUAAUGAUUAACCUACUUACUUACCGUUGGGGUAAUUUUAUUGUAUUCACUCUUCUUUACAAACUACUUUUUACAAUGCAAGAGUCCUUAGCUAUCUACUUCUUAAUUCAGUUGUACAGUUUUUUUUUUUCAUCUGUAAAUCUGUAUGUAUAUCUACUUAAUUUAUCCUUCCAACAAAUUUCUUUAAGCAUCAAAAAAUCUCGAAUAUUAUUUGGAUCAGGAGUGAUCUUUUAAAUACAAUUAAUUUUUCAUGUAAAUAUUCUUAAUUCUCAAGAGCUAACUGAUGGUAUCAAAAAAUUAUUUUUUGUACCCACCCUCUGGUUGAACGACAGCACAAAAGUUGUGUACAAGAUCUUGCAAUUCUUGCAUAUACAUUUGGCAUACAUUUUUCUUUGUGAAAAUUAAAUCUAAAGAAAGCCUAGAAUUGUGUAUUAGCCAUUUUCCCCCCUAAAAAAACCAGUGAAAGACAGGGAUUCCAUGAAGAUCAAGAAAAUUUAAUCAGAAACCAGGCAUAAAAUUGCCAAAUCUACGUAUAUAAAAGCUCGAAUAUUUAAGCUGGUGUCCUGCGCAGUUUGAAUGAGCAUCAUCUAUUUCUCUAGAUUAUUAUUGUUAAAAUAUUGUACAUAUGUAUUUAAUGUGUAAAUUUUUCUUUAGAAGAAGAAAUUGUGUAAAAAUUAUGAUUUUGAAGCGUAGGAGAUUCCAAAAUGAGACUUUAACUGGAGUGUCAUUGGUCAGCGACCGUUAUUAUGCAGACUUUAAAUCAGCCAUUAGGCACGCUUCAAGUUUACUUUAUAUGUUCCUGUCUCCCUCCUUGUUCUCACCAUUGAUAAACUUCUGUAAAUUAAUUGAAAUUCCUGCUUUUAUGACUGCUCCUGUCAUCUCCUUACGUUCCACUACCCAUAUUUUUAAGAUUUUUACUUUGCGACUUUUCUUGAAGAAACACAUAAGAUAUUUGUAAAUCGUGUCCUAGUGUUAUUGAGACCUGUCUAUAAAUGUAAGUACAUAUCAUGCAUUCUGUAAAAACUACUCACGGACAGAACUUGUACGGAUUAAUAGUUUAGUUAAUGGUAAUUGAUAGUAAUUUACCACAGUUGAAUCCUCUAACAGUUGACAAUGGAAUUUUCGUAUAAUUUUGAAAAUCCUCCUGAAUUGUAAUACCUAGUGUAAUAGUUUUCAACUUUCCUGCAUCUGUAUUCUUUAACAUCUUAGGUACAAUCUAGACCAACUAUUUCAAUCAUCUUUGAAAAUACUUUUCCCAGCUUCUUUACCCUUUAUCAAAACAUCAAUCCCUUGCUUCAUUGUCAACAUGUUUAAAGUGUUUUCUUUCAUCAUUGAAUGAAUUUUUUGUUAAAUAAAACGGUUUUGUUAGAGAAAUUUUUGUUUUUCAAAAACUAAAAAUUCAAAUACUACAAAUGAGACACUGUUUUUCAUCUUUGAGAAAAUGAAUUGAAUGAAAACAAGUGUCAGAUAGGUGACCCUACUUCAGUGGAAUAUUUGACAAAAAACGAUUCAGAAUGUUUGAAUGGAUUGCUACAUCUACAGCAAAGCUGUUCAUAAUUUUUAUUGCUGAGAAUAACCUUUGAAGCUUAUGUGAGGUUCUAUUGGAAGCUUCUUAUAAUUUUCUUGUUUGUAAAUGUUUAAAGGGUCUGAAAUUUUAACCGAUAGCUCUUUCAAGAACAGAGUUUUCCAGCAUACUCUCUCUUAAGUUUUUUCUCACCUUGUGAUUUGCUGCAUUUGUCAUUGUUAAGGUGGUUUUUCCGCUCUUUGGAGAACAAUACAAUAGUCAAUUGAUCAAUUGAUACUUUCUGGAUAUUAAGAGCUUUCUUGAAAAGUCCAAUCAUCACAUCACAGCGUAGUAUGUAAGGUAUUCGUAGAUAAAAUUCAAUCAGGAAAUAUUUUAAAAUAGCUUUGAAAGUAUGUCCCAACUUAAAAUUGCAAAUCAAAAGACAGAGUUUGCAAUAUUCAGUAGGACCGCACCAUUUGAGUUCUUUUAAAUUAUUUCCAGGGCAAAGUUGGUCAAAAAAAUACCCUACAUGAUAUGAUCCUCAGAAUUUCUCAAGAAAUAUCUUAAAAUUCAGAAAUGAUCAAUUGAUUUAUUGACCAUCAAAUCAUUCUCAGAAAUGCUGAUGAACUGCUUUAAAGCAAUGACAGUUGAAGUUUUUGUCUUUAUCAUUUCAUAUUAUGUUAGCUUGUUGAUUUUUAAAAACUGUCCUAAGUGCUUGAGUCCUAGAAGAGAAAAAGUCUAUGUCUUGAUAACGAUCAUAAUUCUCUUCUAGGUGUUUAGUCUUUGUAUGAGUUGUUAAGUUUUAUUCCAGUAGUUUUUUUUUACUAUAGUUGAAUCUCUGGACCUCCUUAAUUUAAUCUGAACUUCAGACACAGGAUGUUUUAAUCAUCUAUUAAAUAAAUUUUACAUGAAAUAGACUGAACGUAAAGGCAUUCGUCAAAAAGAGAGAAAACUGAUGGAAGAGUAGUAAUGUGUACUUACGUUUUGUUAUUGUAGAUCUUAUGGCAGGAAGUUCUUAUUUGACCUCCCCUUGUCAACUAAGUCUUAACUCAUCUGACAUGUUAGGGCAACAUUUUGUCAUCUUUGUCUCUGUGUGUGAUUUGUUAAUUCACAUAAUUCAGAUAGAUAGAUCAAACUCAUCGUGUUUUUACACACAAAGUUUUUUUUUUUUUUUUUUUUUUUUUUUUUUUUUUUUUAUAAUUAUUCUCAGCAAAGUGUAAAUGGGUCCAUAUACAUGACAAAAAAUUACACAUAGUAAAUUUUUUCCAAUUCAAAAACAAAAUAUCGCUGGAGUUUCUCUAACCACCUGAUGCAUUUUUAAAUUGGUAGAAAGUAAGAACAUUGAAUGAAAUACACUUAUUAUUUUUCUUAGUUUUGGGUUUCUACUUAGGACCUUUUGUCCAAAUUCUGUGAAGGAAUAUUUCCUCAAAAAUCCUACGUAUAUAAUUGUGCUAUGGAAUAAAGAAAUCAUUUUCUUUAGUUUUGUCAAAACGGUUUCUUCAUCCAGCGCAUCUCUUCCUAAUUCCAUGGGUAGGUGGGAAUUACUACGCAAAAUAUGUUACCAAUUUUGUAUUACAUUUUAGUUUCUUUGUUAUAUUUUUUGUGCUUUAUCAAUAAAAAUUCUUUGGUGAUGCAUAUUGGAUUUUAAUGGUGUAAGUUGACCAUUAGAGACAAUGCGUUAAUAUGGAUUUACCAUUUACCCCCAACAAACUUAAAAUUCUCUAAUUGCUCCAUGAAAAUGAACAGCUUCAUAUUCAUUUAUGAUUUUUCUCUCAUUAUAUAUGAAGAACUGUGGUUUCAAAUAGCUGGAUUACAAAUCAGUUUUAUUUUAAUACAUUACAUCAUCAUAGCGUUCCUCCUUUGGCAGUAAGUAGCAGGGUGUUGAGCUUUCAAAAUUUUAGUUGAUGUUUGCACAUGAGAAAAUUUGUGGAGUAAAAUAAUUUUCCUCCUUUGAGUGGAAUUAACGCUAAGUUACAACUGCAUACAUGAAAAGCACUUGACCAAACUGCAUAUUCUGGUGUUUGCAAGGUAUAAAUGGCUCUAAUUUCCUUGUAGGUAAAUCAAGUUUGGAAAAUAAUUCAAAUUUGGAAAUUGAUAGGAACUCUUAAGAACAGGAUUGAAAGUCAUCAGGUGUCAUUGAAGGAAAUUUCUUUUUUCAUAAGUUUGUAUCAUCAAUUAUACUAGUCCUGGAAAAUUCAACUCUAUUAUUUGUUGUUGUUUCAAGCCAAAGACUCCUAUUCUUCUUGAAGUUAGAUCUACUCUGCUGGAUUCAGUUAUCAUUUAGGCUAACAGGUAUACUGAAAAUACGUAAGUAGAAUUAAAUAGAUAAUACGUUCUCUCCAAAGGUCAAGCCUUGGUUUGAAAAUGCUUCGUUCUCCACUUCUAGCAAGGAUAGAGCCAAAAAUCCCUCAAACCCAGCAAUCAGCAUCAAAUCCAAGCCUUUAAUAUCUUCUUCAUAGAUCUUUCUCGACAUGCUUAAUUGUUAUUUCCUAAUGACAUCCUGCUCUUCUUGUUUCACUGUUCUAAAAGUAGCACCUCAUUUCUAUGCAAAAGAUGGUCAAGCUGUUCAGAGAUCCUUACUGUGAUCUAUCAUUUUAUGGUUGUUGUCUUCAUUAAUUAUUUUUUGUUGUUUAAAAUGUUUCUUUUUCUUCUCUCGUAUGAUUUAUUCUUUAUUAAGUCAUAAUUGUUAUCGUUAGCUUCAUCUUUUUGGGACGAAACCAAAGAGAAUUCAGCAAUGUUCAUAGUUCUAUUGUUGUUAUUUUGUGAGAAGUUUUAUACACGCUCUGUUUCACAAGCAACCAAGUUUUUCUUUGAAGGAGCCUACCUCUCAAUUGUAUGAGAUAUAUAUAAGAGUAACUACUUAUUAAUGGAACUUGUACAGAUUCAUUUGUGACAUUAGCAUUUCAAAGUAUGUAUUACACUGUAAAGCAUGGAUUCAUCCACUCAUUCAGAUUUGAAAUGAAUUUAGAAGUUUCUAAAAUAUGGAAAUGAUAGCCAUUUUGCCACAGGCAGCUUCUAGGUAUUGAAAUAACUGUUUUCAAACAUAUUUUUCAAAGUCGUUCAAAAAUUUUAUUUGUAAGAAUGUUCCUUCUCUCUUCUGAGCCUCUUAAAUUUUCCCUUCACAAUUUAUUUCUAUCCCUCAAUACCUCAAUGUAUCUACAUAUUUUAUUUCACCGUGCUCAUUUAAUCUUAUUCAAAUGAGGAAUCAAUUUUUUAUAACCAUUAUUUUCAUAAUAAUUUCACAAGUUUUAAGUUACUUCAAAGUAAUACAUAGUUCCUGAAAUCUUUGAAAAAUUUCUUCCUUGUUUGUUAAGCCGAUUUUCUUCUUUAGAAGAAAACCCACCAUUUUCCUAUCUAGCAAAGCUCAAAGCCCUUGUAGAACUACGGUACACUCAAGUGUUUUUUUUAUUAUUUUUUCGUACGUAAAUUUCUCAAAAGAACAUCAUUGUCAGUACUGACCAUUAAUUUUUCCCCUCAACAAAAUGAAAGAUGUGAACGUUAGUGUUCUGAAAAUGAUUACCUGCUAUUUGAGGUGAAAGUUCUCAAUUCGAUUUUAACUUUUAGUGAAUGAUCUUUCUUGAUUCCUUAUGAAUAGCCUCUCAAUCACUUUACCCAUGCAUCACAUGUGUUAAAAUGGACCAGUAGACAGAGUACAGAAUUUAGCACCACCAUACAUAUUUCCUCAUCAAAAUUUUCCAAAAUCGAUUCGUAAGCCAGAUAAUACCUAUUUUUGUCAACGUUAAUUUGAACACUUCCCGGUCACAAAAACACCAGAGUCAAAUCUAGGGUUUUAAACUAAAUUAGGUAUGUUUUAUGAUGGAAGAAUUUUCCUGUUUACUGACUUUCAACUCACAAGAUUAAAAGUACCUUGGAUCA